AUGCUGCCGAUUAAUAUCCCACGCCCCUGGAUUCUGGACAUGAAAUCCGGGGAAAUGGAUGAAACCGGUACGCAGAUGCAAGUGACAUCCCUAGUGAGUGUGCAGGGAUCCACCACGGAUCUUCAGCUUGCCGCGUCGGACGACCCUGAUGGACACAUGAAGACAAGGGUUGCUGGUAGCGUCCCAACGUCCAGCUCGCUGGGGGGUUUCUUCAGAUAA